GGGGCGGGGCCGCAGUUCCGGGCCCGGCAGCCGCGGCGGGUCGGGUCCGGCGGGUGCCGCGCCGCGGGAUGCAGCCGCCGCCGCGCAAGGGUAAGCUGAGCCAGGAGGUGAAGCUGCACUUCCUCGAGCAGCUCUGCGGGCUGCAGGGCAAGCAGCAGCGGGACGCCGAGCUGCUGGAGGACAUCAGGUCGUACAGCAAGCAGCGCGCCGCCAUCGAGCGGGAGUACGGGCAGGCCCUGCAGAGGCUGGCCAGCCAGUUUGUGAAGAGGGACUGGCAUCGGGGCCGCAGCGAUGCCGGUGACUCGAGGGGAGUCCUCACUGUCUGGAAGGGCGUCAUCGAGGGGACCACGUACGCCGGGCAGGCCCGCGUCACCGCCUCCGAGAGCUACCGCAGCCUCGCCGCCGAGGCCGCCAAGACCGCCCGCCUGUCCAAGGAGAGGAUGCUCAAGAAGAGCAUCGAGCAGCUGCAGAAGGCGCAGGCAGAGCUGCUGGAGACGGUGAAGGAGCUGGACAAGGCGAAGAAGCAGUUCACCCACCUCCAGCGCAGCAGCGAGGUGGCCAAGGACAAGGCAGCCGACGUGGAGUCACGGCUCCGCAAGAGCGACCGGAGGAUUUUCCACACCAAGGCCAGCCUGCAGAAACUCAGCGCCAAGUUCUCCGCGCAGCUGGCCGAGUACUCGCGGCAGCUCGCGGGCGUGCAGAACGAGUACGUCCUCACGCUGGUGUCCGCCAACGCCCACCUGGACCACUACUACCGCAUGGAGCUGCCCGCCGUCAUGCAGGUAGCAGCUCUGGGGACACCUCCCCAGCUCGGGGCUGCUGGGGGGCACAGCACCCCACUGCACCCCCCUGGGCAGGGCACGGCAGGGGUCUCACAGGGCUGGGACAGGUCCCCGUGCUGUCGGCAUGGUCUCCUGCCCUGUCCCCGAGGGGACACGGGGACCACAUGGGGGUCUGCCACUGGCUUUCCGCAGGCUCUGGACGGCGACCUGUACGAGCGGCUGCGAGACCACUUGACCACGGCGGGCCAGGCGGAGGUGGAGACCUGUAGGGCGACGCAGGAGUGGUUCCAGAGCGUUUCGGAGGCAGCCACGCGGGUGUGCCGGGAGCAGGACCUCCUCCUCUUCCUGCAGGACCACGCCGCCUUCACGCUGGCACCCGAGCAGCGUUUCCAGCUCGCUGGCAUCCCUGAAGUGUCCCUGCUGGAGCCGGAGGAUGGUGGGGCCAGCCUGGAGAAGGAGGCCCGGCGCUGGGCCACGCGGGUGACCCGGGACAGCAAGAACAAGGCACACGGCGAGGAGGUGCUGCAGAGGCUGGAGGCCAGGAGGCAGCAGGUCUCCGAGGCAGAGGCAGCUGCCUUGGAGCGGCAGGUGGAGGAAGUGCGAGAAAACAUCCGGAAGGCAGAGGUCGGCAAGGCGAAGGCAGAGGCGCGGCUGGCACUGCUGCGUGCGGCGGGGCUGGACGUGGACGCCUGGCUGGCUGGGGCUGUGCGGGCGGGCGAGGAGCACCCGCGCACCCCCAGCAGCACCCGGCCGGGCGAGGAGGAGCCCGCGGGGCUGGACCCUGCGGAGUUCGAUGACUACGACAGUGACGAGACGUUUGAGGAUGCUGAGCCCGGCCACGCCGCCCGCACCUACCCCUACACCUGCCGGGUCAUCUUUGGGUACCAGGGCCGCCAGGCGGACGAGCUGUCCAUCGCGCAGGGAGAGGAGCUGGAGGUCAUCGAGGACGGCGACAUGGAGGAGUGGGUGAAGGCUCGGAACAAGGCAGGCCAGAUCGGCUAUGUCCCCGAGAAGUACCUGCUGUCCCUGGGCUGUGUGGGCAGCGAGCCAAGUUUGGCCACCGGGACCAGUGUCAUGGGCCCCUCGGGGGCCGCCCUGCAGCGGCAGCUCUCCAGCAUCAUGGCUGCGGAGCUGGUCCUGGAACCCGGAGCCUGGCUGGUGCGAGCUCUCUACGACUACGAGGGACAGAGCCCCGAGGAGCUGAGCUUCCCGGAGGGUGCCAUCAUCCGCGUGCUGCCCCGCGCUGAGGACGAGGUGGAUGACGGCUUCUGGACGGGGGACUUUGACGGCCGCGUCGGCGUCUUCCCCUCACUGGUGGUGGAGGAGCUCACCGGGGCUCGGGGUACGGCUGGGCAGGAGUUGCCGUCACCGUCCCCGCCGCCCUUCUCCCCACCCGGCCUCGUGCCUGGCACCAGCCUGGGCUCCAACCCGUCUCCUGAAACUCUGCUGGGAGUUGGCAGGCAGGAGGGCACGGGCAGUGGGCAGAGCUCUCCAGACAUGUCAGCUACCCGUAUCCGUCCGCUCCGUGCACCUCCCCCACCGCCCGGCAGAGCCCCCGACCCUGAGCUGGACCUCAGCUGACCCUGGGGGGUGCCCCUGGCCCUCCCCGGGCUGCACAAUCUUCACCCGAGCGAAACGUGCCCCCCACCUUUGGGCUGCUCCCCUGGGGCAGGAGGUGGUGUGGAGGGGAGCAGGACCUGCCCUGCACCCUGCUGUUCCCCGAGCUGGUCUCUCCAGGGGCCGCAUCCUGCCCAGUGCUGCUUGCAGGGUGCUCCUGCAUCCCUGUAUGGCACCGGGCAGCCGUGCCCCUGUCCCUCACCCAUGGCAUUUCUUCCCCAGGCCCCUCUGCCCCUCCUCGUGCUGGGCACCACACUGUGUUCGAUGCGGGCAGGGUGUGGCCGUGCCCCAAUAAAACCAGUUCGCUCCA